AUGGAGGAGAAGGAGACGGACAAUAUCGUAAUGGUUGCGUUGGCAUUCAUUGUUCUAUUGAUGGUACUCAGCCACAACGAGGCUUCAGCACAAACACCUGGCUUCAGAUAUAAUCAAAACCAAAACCGACAACAGAACACAGGACAAAAUGGUCAGACAAUACCACAGAGGGCUAGUAGACAAUUGCAACCAAUGGACAAUACACAGUCAGUUAGAAGCACAACACAAGGUAGGCAUCAGGCAACUGGAUGGAAACCAGGAGGAACAGGGCAACACAGUCCUAACAUGAAUUUAGUACCAGCAAUAGCUGGCAGAGGUACCAUGCCAUCAAGCACACGAGGUACAGGCCACUCACGACAAUCUGCAAGGAAUCGCCAGAUAAAUUAUGAUGGAAUGGGGACAGUUCUAUACCAGAAUAAGGCUUCAUCUCCUCCACCAAACGAUAUCAACAACAGUGGGAAUCAGGAACGGAUUCAGCAGUCAGCCAUGUUUGUUCAAAAUAAAAUCCAAAGAAAUGAUCUACACAGACAUCUAAAUGGGUUGUCACUCCAGAGGACGACAUUACCGGCACAAGGGCAGAGGUCCUUGGAACAAAAGCAGCAACGGUCUUUCACAACAAAUCUGCCAGAGAUCAAUCCGCAGCAACAACACCGUUCAGUUCUUCAGCAGCAACAGAUAUCAUCAAUGCGUUCCGAUCAGGCACAGAGUCUGUCACAGGUGCAGAUGAAGCAGCGGGAACAGCAAAUACAACAGCUACAACAGCUUCAACAAAAACGUUUAGCGCUUCAUCAGCAACAGAUAUCACCAAGGCGCUCCGAUCAGGCUCAGAGUCUGUCACAGAGUCAGACGAAGGAGCGGGAACAGCAACUCCAACAGCUACAACAGCUUCAACAAAAACGUUUAGCGCUUCAUCAGCAACAGAUAUCCACAAGGCGCUCCGAUCAGGCACCGAGUCUGUCACAGAGUCAGACGAAGGAGCAUGAACAACACAUAGAAAAGCUACAACAACAACGUACAACUCAUCGUCAACAACAGUUGUCAACAAUACGUCCAGGUCAUUCACAGCAUCAGAUGCAGCAGCAGCAGCAACAACAACAACUACUACUACAACAACAACAAGAAAAGCAGCAACAGCAACAACGAAUUGCAGCUCUGCGUCAGCAAGAAAUAUCACAGAGUCAGAUGAAGCAGCAACAACAGCAACUACAGCAACAAAAACGUGCAGAUCUUCGUCAGCAGCAUAUGUCAACAAGAGGUCCCAAUCAAGCACCGACUCUGCAACAUAAUCAGGUACGGCAGCAGCAGCAGCAACAACAACAACCUUCUCAUCGUGGUCUCAUGACGCAAAAUGAACAGCAUGUAUCGAGUCAAAACCAACAAAGUGUGCCUGAUAACACACACACUGGAAUGCAUAAUCCAAGUAGCAAUCAACAGCAACAACAAGUACAUGAACAUCAUACGACACAAAACCAAACGUCCAGGUCGAUCAAGAUCGACCAGACAGCAACAAAAGGUACAUACUUUGGCGGUCAACAACAACAGCAACAGCAGCAGCAAGUAAGAACGCAAGAAGUUCCUAGCACACCAAGGUCAAAUCACAGAAGAUUUAUCAUACGGGGAGGUACUAAUGGACCUUCUGUUAUAUAUUCAUCUAAUUCUGCAAACAACCAACACAAGCAAGAACCUGUGAAAUUUAACAAACCUAGCACACCCGUACCUGACAGAUCAAGUCAUUUUCUGUCACCGUUUCCAGCUUUGAAAAAGUCGCCAUCACAAGGCCCUGGCAUAAUCAGAGAACAUGCCUUACCAAUCUCCGAAGCAUAUUAUAACACCAAUGUAGGAAACGCAACCACAGCUAGCAAGAAAGGAUUAAACGUAGCUUUCAUAAGGGUUGGCAGUGGCUCACCACACGGAGCUGACAUUUAUCAAGUAGACACAAGCAAAAGCACUAAAAACGGAUAUGCACAAAUUGAUGCACCCAUACGUUCUUCCCACCAAACAAAUCAGGAAUCAGUGCACGCUAUCGCAAAUGUAUCAGUUCCAGACAUCAUGGCCACAGUUGAUAAUAAUGUACCUGUGAUUCCUGAAAACAUGUCUGCAGUAGACCGGUGGAAUAAACAGGGACAAUUAGGUUCCGGAUCAGUGGUAUCCACUGGACUGCCAAUAAUAUCAUCUGCUAAUAUUAAUAUUCAGUCUCAAAUGCAUCCGAUCCCUUCUUCUUCAUUCUAUGCCAUACCCAGUGGGAAUUCAUUUCAAAUUAAGUCAUCUCAGUCGUCGACACUACCAUAUGGUAUAAUGACAUCACGAAAUACAGGAACUGUUUCCUAUCCUACUGCACAAGAUCAGCCAGGUGGAACGAAACAUUCGCUACCUGCAGCCCCAAAUUCAUACCACCAGGAACACCAUGGCAGGGGGCAGCUUCCUUCUUCAAUCGCGUCUUUGCAAGGUCAAAAUAGCUUUUCGCAGGGUGGACAAUCGCCCCAAAUGCUGCUAACGCACGAGACGGUGGCUCCUUCAAAUCCAAUGCAAAAGCAGAUAAAACAGUCUGUGGCUCCUUCAAACCAGAUGCAAAAACAAGGACAACAACAGAUGCAACAAUCGGUGGUUCCUUCAAACCCAAUGCAGCAGCAAGGACAACAACAUAUACAACAGUCUGCAUACCCUUCUGAUACAUUGCAACAACAAGGACAACAACAGAUACAACAGCCGGUGGCUCCUUCAAACCCAAUGCAAAAACAAGGACAACAACAGAUGCAACAAUCGGUGGUUCCUUCAAACCCAAUGCAGCAGCAAGGACAACAACAUAUACAACAGUCUGCAUACCCUUCUGAUACAGUGCAACAAGGACAACAGCAGACACAUCAGCUGCUGGCUCCUUCUAAUCCAAUGCAGCAGCAAGGACAACAACAGAAACAAAUGCCUGUGGCUCCUUCAAGCCCACUGCAACAACAAGGACAGCAACAGAUGCAACAGUCUGCAUAUCCUUCUAAUACAUUGCAACAACAAGGACAAUAUCAGAUGCAGCAGCCUGUGGCUCCUUCAAAUCUAAUGCAGCAGCAAGGACAACAACAGAUGCAACAGCCUGUGGCUCCUUCAAACCCAAUGCAACAACAAGGGCAACAUCAGUUACAACAGUCUGCAUAUCCUUCUAAUUCAAUGCAACAGCAAGGACAACAACAGAUGCAACAGCCUGUGGCUCCUUCAAACCCAAUGCAACAACCAGGACAACAACAGAUGCAAAAGCCUGUGGCUCUUUCAAACCCAAUGCAACAGCAAGGACAACAACAGAUGCAACAGCCUGUGGCUCUUUCAAACCCAAUGCAACAACAAUCACAACAUCAGAUGCAACAGUCUGCAUAUCCUUCUAAUACAAUGCAACAGCAAGGACAACAACAGAUGCAACAGCCUGUGGCUCCUUCAAACCCAAUGCAACAACCAUCACAACAUCAGAUGCAACAGUCUGCAUAUCCUUCUAAUACAAUGCAACAGCAAGGACAACAACAGAUGCAACAGCCUGUGGCUCCUUCAAACCCAAUGCAACAACCAGGACAACAACAGAUGCAAAAGCCUGUUGCUCUUUCAAACCCAAUGCAACAGCAUGGACAACAACAGAUGCAACAGCCUGUGGCUCCUUCAAAUCCAAUGCAACAACAAUCACAACAUCAGUUGCAGCAGUCUGCAUAUCCUUCUAAUACAAUGCAACAGCAAGGACAACAACAGAUGCAACAGCCUGUGGCUCCUUCAAACUCAAUGCAACAACAAGGACAACAUCAGAUGCAACAGUCUGCAUAUCCUUCUAAUCCAAUGCAACAGCAAGGACAACAACAGAUGCAACAGCCUGUCGCUCCUUCAAACCCAAUGCAACAACCAGGACAACAACAGAUGCAAAAGCCUGUGGCUCUUUCAAACCCAAUGCAACAGCAAGGACAACAACAGAUGCAACAGCCUGUGGCUCCUUCAAACCCAGUGCAACAACAAUCACAACAUCAGAUGCAACAGUCUGGAAAUCCUUCUAAUACAAUGCAACAGCAAGGACAACAACAGAUGCAACAGACUGUGGCUCCUUCAAACCCAAUGCAACAACAAUCACAACAUCAGAUGCAACAGUCUGCAUAUCCUUCUAAUACAAUGCAACAGCAAGGGCAACAACAGAUGCAACAGCCUGUCGCUCCUUCAAACCCAAUGCAACAACAAGGACAACAGCAGACACAACAGCUGCUUGCUCCUUCUAAUCCAAUGCAACAAUCAGGACAACAACAGGUACAGUACGAAGCAAAACUACCACAACAGGGAGUGAAGAAGACCCUCGCAUAUUAUGGCUAUAGCAGUAACCCAGAAAGUCAAUCGCAUACUGCAAGCCUGGAGGUACCAAGUAGUGCGGGCACGUUUGCUGUCUCAAAUGAACAACAAACACAUGGUGUGUCCAAUACACAGUAUCAAGCUGGAAAUCAAGGACAGAUAGCUAGACAUCUUCCAAGUAACCAUCCCGUUGGAGGAACUAACACUCCACCCAAUCAACAGGGUCAAGGAAUAAACCAACAAGGGAAUGGUGGUUCCAAUACACAGUAUCAAGUUGGUAAUCAAGGAAAUGUGGCUAGAUACCCUACAAGCAAUAAUCCCGUAGGAGGAGUUCCUAAUGGUGCCAUGAAUGCAGUGGGAAUGAAUGGGGGAGGUCCUAAUGGCGGAAUGGUUGGGAUGAAUGGGGGAGGUCCUAAUGGCGGAAUGGGUGGGAUGAAUGGAGGAGGUUCUAAUGGCGGAAUGGGUGGGAUGAAUGGGGGAGUUCCUAAUGGCGGAAUGGGUGGGAUGAAUGGGGGAGUUCCUAAUGGCGGAAUGGGUGGGAUGAAUGGGGGAGUUCCUAAUGGCGGAAUGGGUGGUAUGAAUGGGGGAGGUCCUAAUGGCGGAAUGGGUGGGAUGAAUGGGGGAGGUCCUAAUGGCGGAAUGGGUGGGAUGAAUGGGGGAGGUCCUAAUGGCGGAAUGGGUGGGAUGAAUGGGGGAGUUCCUAAUGGCGGAAUGGGUGGGAUGAAUGGGGGAGUUCCUAAUGGCGGAAUGGGUGGGAUGAAUGGGGGAGUUCCUAAUGGCGGAAUGGGUGGGAUGAAUGGCAUGGGCGGGACAAUGAGGGGUCCUAUGGGCGGAAUGGGAGGCAUGAAUGGAAGAACAGGAAUGUUGAGCUCGCCUAUGGGAGGUCCCCCGGGUGGCAUGAACCCUAUGGGGCAUCCAAUGGGUGGCAUGAAUCAAAUGGGAGGUCCAGUGGGUGGCAUGAAUCAAAUGGGAGGUCCAAUGGGAGGCAUGAAUCAAAUGGGAGGUCCAAUGAGAGGCAUGAAUCAAAUGGGAGGUCAUAUGGGUGGCAUGAACCAAAUGGGAGGUCAUAUGGGUGGAAUGGGUCACAUGAAUGGAAUGGGUGGUGGUAUGGGAGGAAUGUACGGCGGAAUGGGCGUCAACAGAAUGAACGAUCCAUACAACCCUCCACCAAUAGGCUCGCCACAAUUUGUGGCAUGGCUUCAUAGAAUGGAUCAGCUGGGGAUAGAUACUCCCUAUGAGAUGCCGGACUCAACAGAUCCACCUACCACUCCAGCCCCAGCAACACUUCCACCUCCAUCGACCCUUCCUCCAACGACCACUGCGGCUCCUCCAAUGACGACUCACGCUCCUUCUGCAUCGAUUGCACAUGCACCUCCUGCAGAUGUUUCUUACACAAAUCCUGGUUCACCUCUUGCUACUGCACAAGUUUCACCUGGAAGCAAUUUGGAGCGAACACUCAGAGCUCUACUAGACACCCUCAGGAUACAGCACGAGCCACCCGUAAUUACACCCCCGACUACCACAUCCACGACCACUACAACAACAACAACAACGACUGCUCCUACAACAAUGAAAGUUUUGUCCGACGCAGCCUUAAUGGCGGAUAUGAUGAAGAGCCUGAGUUCUGGCGUAGGGCUGGAACAGACAUUGAUGUCAAUGAUUAAUGCUGUACUUCUACAAGAGCCUAAACAGCAACAACCAACUACUACGGCUACUACAACAACCACAACUACCACGACGCCAACAACAACAACAACGACUACAACGACUACUACUACUCCAACAACAACGACUACAACUACAACCACCACUACCACGACUCCAACAACAACAACAACCACGACUACAACCACAACGACUACUCCAACAACAACAACACCUCCCACAACAGCUUCCUCUUAUCAGCCAGUCAAUAGUAUUGAAGCUGCUGGAAGUGCAAACAUACAAGCUGCUUUAGCUGCUCUUGCAAAAAAAGUAGGCACAUCUAACCUUGGAAUUGCUAUUAUGUCCCCCUCCCUAAAUCUUCCACCAGAGGUGAAGAAUCUCUUAGCUAAACAACUGGCUGCAUCUCAAAUUAAGACGAAGAACAUAACCAUAAGUGAUAUGCCACUCCCAUCAACUACUCCUAUUCCAGAAAGUACCACAACUGUGGCAUAUGUACCUGAUGAAGUGCGAUCAAACAUCGUACACUCUCCUACCGUACCCCAAGUGAAUGACAUAGCUAAAACUUCUUAUAACUAUGGCACGGUCACACAAUCGACAGUUAGCCAUUCCCCAAGUCAGUCAGAGGUCUUACACGUUCCCACAGGAACCCAAGUGAAUGACAUAGCUAAAACUGCUCAUUACUAUGACACAGUCACAGCAUCGACACUUAGCCAUUCCCCAAGUCAGUCAGAGGUCUUACACUUUCCCACAGGAACCCAAGUGAAUGACAUAGCUAAAACUGCUCAUAACUAUGACACAGUCACAGCAUCGACAUUUAGCCAUUCCCCAAGUCAGUCAGAGAUCUUACACUCCCCAAAAGGAGACCAAGUGAAAGGCACAGCUAAACCUGCUUACACCUAUGACACAAUCACACCAUCGACAUUUAGCUAUCCCCCAAGUUAUUCAAACAACGUAGACACAUAUUUGAGACUUCCUACCUCUGCUAUGCCAAACGUUCAACCACCACUGACACGAAUUAAACAACAAUCCGAUGCAUCAGUUCCGAACGACCUAAACCAGACAUCAACUCCUGCUGGGGCCCCAUUGACUGAAAUCUCUGGGGCUAAACACCAUGAUGUUGUUUCAACAAGUUAUCAGUCUCACCCACCUGAAAUAAUCAGUAACACACAGCCAAUAUCAGUUUUACAGCAUGGAGAUCCCUCUUUGGAUGGACUUUUAAUGCAAGCUAUUGACAGAGUGAUGUUGACACAAAACUCCGGAAUGUCAGAAUCACAGCUGCUCGCAGAAGCUUUUGAAACAGCAUUCAAAAGGAUGCAGUCACUCAGAUUCCCUGUAAAAGUUGACCCUGCAACUCAAACAGCACCUACCAAUCAACCAAUACCAACUGACUUUGGCCAUCAUCCAUCCCCACCAACACACAACGCCCCUGUCUCUUCUGCCUACGACAAAACAAGUACAGAAUCUGUUGCUUUUCAACACUCAGCAUCGCCACUCUCGAACGCAGUUCCACCUCAAUAUACACUAAUAGGAGGAACAGAUCCCGGGGUACCUACCGCUUCCGCUGACGUUCAACUGAAUAAUCUUCUUCAGAGUUUUGAGCCUCUCAGUGCCCCAUCUUCUAAGCAAACCAACGGCGGUCAACCAGUAGCACCGCCUAGCAGAACAGUAGCUGAAGCUAUGCCAAACGUAGUACAUCUAGCUGAAGCUGGAGGUCGUCAACCAGCUGGAACAAGCAACCUUCCUGCCAGUUCGGCAGGUAUGCAAGACAACCUUUCUUUGGGUGGACUCACGGGAACACCUCACCAUGAGGCAGUACUUCCUGGUGGAACAUCCUUUCAGGAUAUGCUGCCAGCUCAUGGACAAUCUGAAACUGUUGUAAAACCUGGUCAAACGAAUAUGCCAGUUAGUGAAACAUAUGUUCCAGAUAUGCUGUCAGCUGCUGGACAAUCUCAAAUAGCUGGUUCACCUAUUCAAGGCACAGUUCCUGUCGGUGGAGCAUCGUUUCAAAACAGCUUCCAAGUUGGUGGAAUAGCAAGCCAAGGGCCUGUUCCUGACAGCGGGGCAUAUGUUUCAGAUAUCCUUCCAGUUGAUGGACAAUCUCAAAUAGUUGGAGCAACUAGCCAAGGGGAUGCUGGAGUAAGUAGCAAAGAGGCUGUUCCUGUUAGUGGGACAUCUGUUUUAGACACCCUUUCGGUUAAUGAACAAUCUCACACAGUUGGAACAACUAGCCAAGGAGCUGUUUCUGUCAGUGGUGCAUUUGUACCAGAUACCCUUCCAGUUAAUGGACAAUCUCAUUCAGUUGGAACAUCUAAUCAAGGAGCUGUUCCUGUCAGUGCUGCGUAUUUACCAGACAUCCUUCCAGUUGAUAAACAAUCUCACACAGUUGGAACAACUAUCCAAGUAGUUGUUCCUGUCAGGGGUGCAUUUGUACCAGAUACCCUUCCAGUUAAUGGACAAUCUCACACAAUUGGAACAUCUAAUCAGGGAGCUGUUCCUGUCAAUGGUUCAUAUUUGCCAGACAUCCUUCCAGUUGAUAAACAAUCUCACACAGUUGGAACAUCUUAUCAAGGAGCUGUUCCUGUCAGUGGUGCAAAUGUUCCAGACAUCCUUCCAGUUAGUGGACAAUCUCACACAGUUGGAACAUCUUAUCAAGGAGCUGUUCCUGUCAGUGGUGCAUAUUUACCAGACAUCCUUCCAGUUGAUAAACAAUCUCACACGGUUGGAACAACUAGCCAAGGAGUUGUUGCUGUCAGUGGUGCAUAUUUACCCGAUACCCUUCCAGUUAAUGGACAAUCUCACACAGUUGGAACAUCUAAUCAAGGAGCUGUUCCUGUCAAUGGUUCAUAUUUACCAGACAUCCUUCCAGUUGAUAAACAAUCUCACACAGUUGGAACAUCUAAUCAAGGAGCUGUUCCUGUCAGUGGUGCAUAUUUACCAGACAUCCUUCCAGUUGAUAAACAAUCUCACACAGUUGGAACAUCUAAUCAAGGAGCUGUUCCUGUCAGUGGUGCAUAUUUACCAGACAUCCUUCCAGUUGAUAAACAAUCUCACACAGUUGGAACGUCUAAUCAAGGAGCUGUUCCUGUCAGUGGUUCUUAUUUACCAGAUACCCUUCCAGUUGAUAAACAGUCUCACACAGUUGGAACAUCUAAUCAAGGAGCUGUUCCUGUCAGUGGUGCAUAUUUACCAGAUAUCCUUCCAGUUAGUGGACAAUCUCACACAGUUUUAACAUCUAAUCAAGGAGCUGUUCCUGUCAGUGGUGCAUAUUUACCAGACAUCCUUCCAGCUGAUAAACAAUCUCACAAAGUUGGAACAUCUAAUCAAGGAGCUGUUCCUGUCAGUGGUGCAUAUUUACCAGACAUCCUUCCAGUUAGUGGACAAUCUCACACAGUUUUAACAUCUAAUCAAGGAGAUGUUCCUGUCAGUGGUGCAUAUUUACCAGAUAUCCUUCCAGUUGGUGGACAAUCUCACACAGUUGGAACAUCUUAUCAAGGAGCUGUUCCUGUCAGUGGUGCAAAUGUUCCAGACAUCCUUCCAGUUAAUGAACAACCUCACAUAUUUGGGACAACUAGCCAGAAUACUGUUCCUUUAAGUGAAACGUCUGUUCAAGACAUCCUACCGGUUAAUGGACUACCUCACAUAGUUAGAGCAAUUAAUAAUAGCAAAGUUCAUGGAAGUAGGUCAACUAUUCAAGAUACCAUUCCAGUUAGUGGACAUCCUCAAGAGGUUCCAGUCGUACCAGAAGUGCCAGGUAAUGGACCUUCUACAGACGUGGUUCAUUUCGAUAUUAGUGGCACCAACAUGCCAACCCAAGUGUACGAACAGACGCCUGUGGACUACAUAGCUGCAACCAAGGCGGCCAACACAGUUGCUGGACCACACACAAAGCCCGGAGUUGAUACCAACGUUAAGAAGUCCCUCUGGAGAAUACCUUGACUUCAAGACGGAGUGGAUGUCAGUUGUAUCAGCUAGAGCGUUAACACAUACCCAACAUUUGACAACUUAAUAUGUUUCUACAAUCUCCUGGAAGAACUCUUCUGUAGCUUUCGAGAACAAACACAUGUUUUUUAUAUUUAUCUCCUGGCUGUGUUACAGACAUUUGGUUGUGGCAUCCUCAUGAUUUUGAAACAUUUAACAGGGAACAAUAUUCACCCAUUUUGUUUUUUAAGGAUACUUCACGACGGUCACAAAGCAAACUUUGUAAAGCAUUGUCGUUAAUUGCCUACAUUUCCUUUCAAUAGAUGUUUCUAUCCAUUUUGACCAACGUAAAGUACGUUGCAUAAAAGAGGGCUUAGUUACGAAAAACUUGCAGCGACAUCGAGCUUGAAUUAGAUUAUUCAAAAGCUUCAUUUGUUUGUUUAUUCAUCAUGACACUUUAUGAUCAAGUUCUUUUCGGCAAGGAUUCAAGAGUCAAAUUACGCAGAAAUGAUAUGUAUCGUUUACAUGAGACACUUAUUUAAUGCAGAGACGUACGAUAGCAAUGUACACCACACCGAAAACUUAGAUUUCAUUAAGACUAUGUAACAAACGUGAUUGAUAAAAAUAUUAAAUACAUUGAUGUUUGUUUGAAGAAACAAAUUGCAAAAGGUUGUUCAAAUCAAAACAAUAUCAGUAUUGACCUUAGAAUAUAUUUAUAUUUAUAUAUAUCUUGUAGUUUUUCGACUUCAAACAUAAGAUACAUUUUUACCUAAUCAUUUAUCAAUGAUUCACAACGUCAGGGUUACUGUAAACAGUGAUAUAACGUUUUAACGGCGUCUUAUUGCAAUAGUCACCAGCUCUGGUUUCAAGACAAGCCGAUAUAUGAAGAAGGCACGUCUGUCCCAAUUUGUUAUCACAGAUCGGUAUAGACCAAUCUAUCAAUUAUGCACAAACAAUGAGUGAAAUAUAUCAAAAUACAUGAACAAACAUGGUGAAGACAGGUGUACAUGAGAUGCCUUCGGCUGAAUAUAAUUCUUGAUGCAUGUACAUAUUUUUAUCUUAUUAGUAAUCUAUUGUUUUAGUAGAAUAUUUAUGAACUUGCUUAUUCAAAGACCAAAUAAAAUGACAUAUUUAAAA